GCUUGCGCCACCAAUGCCCAGCUUUUUCUCCAUCAUGUCUGGAAAGGGGUCUCAGUCUGGUUUUGUCGCUCUCUGAUUGUGUGGCCUUGAACAAGCCACCUGACUCAUGGGAGGUCAGCGUCUUCCCGUGCUUAUUUUUCAGCCAUGUCCUCUAUCAGCUGCAGCUGAAUCUCCUUGACUACUUGAUUCAUAUUCCUUUUCUAGGUUCUACCCCAGAACUAAUGAAUCUCAGCAUGAAUAGCCAGCUCCCAAGUGAGCUUUCUCAUCAAAGUGUGAGAAACUCAGUGUCCUGCAUCUCAGGCACUUGAGAGACUAUAGUGAUGAUGGUCAAGGCCUAGGAUCACUCCUCACUGAAGUCUUAAGAACAAACACAUUCAAGGCAAAAUGAAGAGUAAUAAACACAGAAAUCAAGGAGCAGAGAGCACUGUGGGAAGAGGGGUUGGGCUCCGUCGUGGGAUUCUGAGAAUCAGGUGUUAUAGAGGCAGCUUGCAGUUGAGUCUCCAGGGAGAGGUAGAAUUCCAUUUAUCAUGUCCACUUGAGAGUGACCACGGGCCACAGGGCUGCUGUCUCUGUGUUGGCUGUGUAAAACUCAUCCCAGUACUUAUCGGUAUAAUACACCCACAGUUAUUUUACAUUCCUGAGUCCAGAGCAGCGCAGUGGUUUGAUAAAUUUGAGCUGCUUUACUCGAGUGCCUGUAGCUAGCAAGCAGGUCAGCUAGUGUAUCUAGGACGGCCUCAUUCAUGAUUCAAACCCAACGGAGUAGAACUCACAAGCCAUCUUUUGAAAUUACUCCCUUAAGCAUUCAUUGCCCACCUGCAUGUCUGACCUCGUCAUUAUCAGUUGAAACCUUCUGGGAUGUAUUAACAGACAGACUAGCUCUCAGCAACAAAAGGCAUGUCAUCAGACAGCAUCAGAGACCUAUAACAGAGAUUUUUCUCACUUUGCUAUAACCCAUCUUGUGGUUGGAAUUUCCUUUGGGCUGCCAGCCAGGUCCCAAAUAAAGACACGGAGACUUAUUAAUUAUGAAUGUUGUAAUCCAGGCAAACCUGGCCCUUCCUCUCACCCACCUGCCAAUCGCAGGUGUCUCUACUCUGGAUGUUUAAAAGAAAGGCUCCACCCACUUCUACUCUCUUUCCCCGCUGUUCCCCUGGGGCAGACAGGACUUUUCCUGUCUCCUUCUCUUCUGUCCUCUCUCUGUCUCUGUCUCUGUGUGUCUCUUUACCUCUUUUCUCUUUCCUUCCCCUCUCCCUCCCCUUUCUAAUAAAACUUCUCACUUAUGCUCUGUCUGCCUGGCGUGUUUGUCCCUUGCCCACCACGGAAUCCUCCAAGGUGCCCCACGUGCUCUAUUUUAACAUUGGUGCACGUGACUCAGCAGGUUUUCCUGGCAUUUCCUCCUGCCUGUGGCAGUAUGAGGUAUGCCAGCACCAGGUGACCUUCAACUUGGUCACUUUUCCAACUAAGGAUCUCUGGAUUCUUCCAUUCACUACCAUCAUGUCUGGGUCUUCUCUCCUGAAGAAUGGCAUCAGCUUGUCAGAGGCUGCGUUUUUAUGGCUGUCCUCUGAGAAGGCAGCUCAUCUGCGGGCCACCUGUCAUCCAGUGGGAGAGAAGAACAAUUCCAGGGUGUGCCAGAAGUAUUUACAGUGCCACAGGGAAGUGGACAAAGGAGUACACACUGCAGACGAGAAAAGAUGUUGAGAAGUGGUGGCAUCAGAGGAUGAAAGAGCAGGCGUCCAGAAUUUCAGAAGCCGACAAAUCAAAGCCCAAAUUCUACGUGCUCUCCAUGUUCCCAUACCCUUCUGGCAAGCUGCACAUGGGCCAUGUACGAGUCUACACCCUCAGUGACACCAUUGCACGGUUCCAGAAAAUGAGAGGCAUGCAGGUUAUCAACCCCAUGGGGUGGGAUGCAUUUGGAUUGCCUGCGGAAAAUGCUGCCAUCGAGAGGAAUUUGCACCCAGAAAGCUGGGCCCAAAGCAAUAUUAAAUAUAUGAGGAAACAGCUUGACCGCCUCGGCCUGUGCUUCAGCUGGGACAGGGAAAUCACUACCUGCUUGCCAGACUACUACAAAUGGACCCAAUACCUGUUUAUCAAACUCUACGAAGCUGGAUUGGCCUAUCAAAAGGAGGCUUUGGUUAACUGGGAUCCAGUGGAUCAAACAGUGUUGGCCAAUGAGCAAGUGAAUGAAUAUGGCUGUUCAUGGCGUUCUGGAGCCAAGGUGGAGAAGAAAUACCUCCGACAGUGGUUCAUUAAGACAACUGCAUAUGCAAAGGCCAUGCAGGAUGCUUUGGCAGACCUCCCAGAGUGGUAUGGAAUCAAGGGCAUGCAGGCCCACUGGAUUGGGGACUGUGUAGGCUGCCACCUAGACUUCACAUUAAAGGUUGACGGACAAGACACAGGAGAGAAACUGACAGCAUACACAGCCAGCCCUGAGGCCAUUUAUGGCAUUUCCCACGUGGCCAUUUCUCCUAACCACAGGCUUCUACAUGGCUGCAGCUCUCUGAAGGAGCCCUUGCAGAGGGCACUUGUCCCUGGCAGAGAUUGCCUCACACCAGUGAUGGCUGUGAACAUGCUCACCCAGCAGGAGGUCCCCAUCGUUAUCAUGGCCAAGGCUGACUUAGGAGGUUCUCUAGAAUCAAAAAUAGGAAUCCCCAGCACCAGCUCAGAGGACACCAGCAUAGCCCAAACCCUGGGCCUGCCCUACUUGGAAGUCAUUGAAACGUCACCAGAUGGCACAGAGAGGCUGAGUGGAUCUGCUGAGUUCACAGGUAUGACCCGGCAGGAUGCCUUUCUAGCCCUGACUCAGAAAGCCCGUGGGAUGAGAGUGGGUGGAGACGUGACAAGCGAUAAACUGAAAGACUGGCUGAUCUCAAGGCAGCGCUACUGGGGCACCCCGAUCCCCAUCGUGCACUGUGCAGCCUGCGGCCCUGUGCCUGUGCCGCUGCGAGACCUGCCCGUGACUUUGCCCAGCGUCGCAUCUCUCACUGGCAAAGGAGGCUCCCCACUGGCCUCAGCUUUGGAGUGGGUGAACUGUCCUUGCCCCAGGUGCAAGAGACCAGCCAGGAGAGAGACAGACACCAUGGACACCUUUGUGGACUCUGCGUGGUACUACUUCAGAUACACCGACCCUCACAACACUCAUAGUCCUUUCAGCCCAGCACUGGCCGACUUCUGGAUGCCUGUGGAUUUGUACAUUGGAGGGAAAGAGCAUGCUGUCAUGCACUUGUUCUACGCAAGAUUCUUUAGUCAUUUUUGCCAUGAUCAAAAGAUGGUGAAGCACAGGGAGCCAUUCCAUAAACUGCUAGCCCAAGGCCUCAUCAAGGGACAGACAUUCCGCCUUCCAUCCGGACUGUGUCUAAAGAGCGAGGAUGUAGACUUCACAGGUCCCACCCCUGUUUGUGCAAAAACAAAAGAGAAGUUAGAGGUGACGUGGGAGAAGAUGAGCAAGUCCAAACACAACGGUGUGGACCCCGAGGAGAUUGUGGCGCAGUAUGGGAUCGACACAAUCCGGCUCUACAUCCUCUUCGCAGCCCCUCCUGAGAAGGACAUCUUGUGGGAUGUAAAGACCGAUGCGCUCCCUGGAGUCCUGAGAUGGCAGCAGCGGCUGUGGUCCCUGACAACACGAUUCAUCGAGGCAAGGACUUCCGGGUCAGUCCCCCAACCUCAGCUGUUGAACAACAAGGAGAAAACCCAGGCCCGAAACCUCUGGGAGUACAAAAACUCAGUUAUAACUCAGGUAACCACCCAUUUCACAGAGGACUUUGCACUGAAUUCUGCAGUUUCUCAGCUGAUGGGACUCAGCAGUGCCCUCUCGCAAGCCUCUGAGAGAGUGGUUCUCCACAGCCGUGAGUUUGAGGACGCUCUGUGUGCCCUGCUGGUGAUGGCUGCCCCCAUGGCUCCUCACAUAUCCUCAGAACUCUGGGCAGGCCUGGCGUCGGUACCAAGCAAGCUCUGUGACCAUUAUGCCUGGGAUGCUGGUGUGAUGCUUCAGGCCUGGCCCACUGUGGACUCACAGUUCCUUCAGCAGCCUGAUGUGGUGCAGAUGGCCGUUCUGAUCAACAACAAGGCCUGUGGAAAGAUCUCUGUGCCCCAACAAGUUGCCCAGGACCAGGACAAAGUCCAUGAAUUUGUUCUCCAGAGUGAGCUGGGCAUCAGGCUGUUGCAGGGGAGAAGCAUCAAGAAGGCCUUCCUCUCCCCCAGGACUGCACUUAUCAAUUUCCUGGUGCAGGAGUGACCAGGGCUCCAAGGACCCUCUGUCUCUGCCCAGAUCGAGGAGAGGAUUGUUGGCUUAGGAAAAGAGAAAAGACAAGCAUCAGGGACAUUGGCCUUUGUGCCAGGACAGACCGGAGUCAGCAGGGGCCUGUGUGCUGAGGCCUGAACCUAGGAGAGAAUGGAUGUGAACAAAGCAGAAUGAGGAGAGAAAAUUCAUUGCCCUGUGACCUUCCACUCCCACUCAGGGUGUGAAGCUACCAGAGAUGCCGCUGGGUGGGAGCAAGGAGAAAAACAAGACUGGGAAGCAGCCAGGAGCUUUUGCAUCUGCUCGGUACUGUCUCAGACACUUCUCCAGGAGUCAUGUAGACUAAAGGAGCCAUUUAGGGUCAGGAGCUGCACAGUGGGCAGGUGUACAGAUGGUGCUAGCUGGGCUUGGCUUACAGGAUAGAGAAAACCCUUCAGGAUAUGUUCUGUGUCUUACUUGUGGAACUGGACACGGACACUGGCAUCUCUACAAAUUGUUCUGCAUAUGUCUCCAGCAUCUUCCAGCUGUGUCACACGGUCUCUUCCACUCCAGCUGGGUGGCCUGUUCUGAGUCUGAUGUACGUGCUCUGGGAUAGGACUCCACUUAUGAACCUGAACAGAAGGACCGUGUCAAAGCCACUGUUUCAGUGUGUAGAGUGUACUCUGUGGUGAGUGAAACUGUUCUGAACUGCAAUGCGCUCCAGAGCUCCAUCACAGCCCAGCGGGGAUUUGAACCCUAGAUGGCUCACAUGGGCCUCAGAUAGUGACAUCACUGUUACCAGUUUGGCCCCCAGAAUGGCACUAGCAAAAGCAAGUUCAUCAAAGAGGAGUAGAAUUGUUGCUUCCUGGUUGUCACCUCCUGUGUCCAAGCUGCUAUGAUUUAGCUGUUUAGGAGAUGGCCAGGAGUGGAAACCAGCUCACCAGUGAAUUAAACAAAGCUGAUUUUA